GAGGAAAGUGAGCUUUCGACCGAGUUAGAAAAACUUGAAAGAGAACGUAAUCUUCAUAUUCGCGAGAUGAAACGUUUACAUAAUGAAGAUAAGUCAAGAUUUAAAGAUAAUCCAACUUUAUCUGAAAGAUAUCUUCUCCUUCAUCUUUUAGGAAAAGGGGGAUUUAGUGAGGUUCAUAAGGGAUUUGAUUUAAAGGAACAACGUCAUGUUGCAUGUAAAAUACACCAGUUAAAUAAUGAUUGGAAAGAAGAUAAAAAAAUUACAUCAGGUACACACGCUAUUAGAGAAUACAACAUUCACAAGACUUUAAACCAUCAUAGAAUAGUUCGCCUGUAUGAUGUUUUUGAAAUUGAUUCAAAUUCAUUUUGUACUGUCUUAGAAUAUUGCGACGGAAAUGACCUAGAUUUUUUGUUAAAACAACACAAAACAAUUGCCGAAAAAGAGGCCAGAUCAAUAAUAAUGCAAGUAGUAAGUGCUCUGAAAUAUUUAAAUGAAAGGGAACAUCCAAUUAUUCAUUAUGAUUUAAAACCGGGUAAUAUUCUCUUGGUGGGAAAUGGCUCAUUGUGUGGCGAAGUAAAGAUCACAGAUUUUGGCCUGAGUAAAAUUGUGGAGACUGAGGACGAUAGUAUGGAGUUGACGUCACAGGGAGCUGGUACCUACUGGUAUCUCCCCCCUGAAUGUUUUGUUGUGAGUAAUGAACCUCCAAAGAUUUCUUCAAAAGUUGAUGUUUGGUCCGUUGGAGUGAUCUUUUAUCAGAUGUUAUACGGUAAAAAGCCAUUUGGCCACAAUAUGUCGCAAACCGCAAUCCUUGAAAACAAAACCAUUUUAAAAGCAACUGAAGUAGAGUUUCCUCCCAAACCUAGUGUCAGUUUGGAGGCAAAGAAUUUUGUUCGUCGAUGCUUGGAAUACAAUAAAGACAGUCGUGCUGACGUGUUCGCGAUAUCUGAAGAUCUCUACAUUAAACCUGGGGCUGGGAAAAAAUCGUCAACGUAGCAGACGGUUAUCAACUGAUGUUGCAAUCAGUGUCCUAGAGAGUUACGUUUUUUUUGUAAGGUAGGUUUUAUCAUUAGUAGUUAAAUACUUUUAAGCUUUUAGGAUUUUCUAAAAAUUUUUAUGUACUAUAUUUAGAUAGUUAUGGAUUAUUUUCGACUGACAUAGAUGAAAAACCUUGCACAAUUUACACGGCGGCUAAACAUCUACGUAGUGUGUUUAUGUGCAGAAAUUUGUGCAAAAAUUGUUCAAAUAUUUACCGAAAAAAAUAUGGCGAUACUCACUAAAUGGAGGAAGUGUAUUUGUGAUGAAUUUGAUAACAAAUAGACUGGAGAUAAUGUGCGUUCUAUCCGGUUAA